AUGUUCUAUAGUCAUGAGAUUCUCAGCAACACCCGAUAUGGGGUCGCUACUAUCUGGCUUGUCGCUACCGUGGGCAACAGCAGCCAGAAACGUCUGACUCGCAAAGCAAUCCAAGGCGUCGACGUUCCAAAGGCAUGCGAGACUAUCAUUGACCCAGGGGCUCCCUUGGCUUUGCGUCUUCAGGGAAAUCUCCUUUACGGGGUUUCUCGUGUCUAUUCCCAGCAAUGCCAUUAUGUUCUUUCAGAUGCUGAAAAGACACAAUCCAACAUGAUGACAUUCUUUCGAGCUAUGAACACAAAUGAAACAGAUCCAAACGCGGGAAAGUCAAAGCGACACCAAAUCACCCUUCAAGACGAUCCGUCCUUUGAUCCUUUGUCCGCUGUUCCAAAACUAGACCUUUUGGCCAGUGUCGACGAUUUGGUUUUCCUUUCAACUCAAUUGUCGACCCAGAACAAUGUGUCUCAAAUGACCCCUUUGACCCAAGGCACCAGUUCGUCUGGCCGGGGUAACUCACUCUUGAACUUCGGCAUCCCGCAGUCUUCCCAAUCUGGUCGGAGCUAUCGCCUUCCAACUGACCUCGACCUCGAUCUCCCAAAUCCAUUUCAUGCACAAGAUCCAUUCGAAGAAUUCAACCCUUUCGGUGAAGAUAUAGCAAAUAUUCCCGAUCUUGAUCUUAACUUUGAUAUUGACGGCAACCUCGUUGAUUUUGGCAAUCCCGAGCCAGAGCUUCCUCCUCUUCCCGGCACUACAGCAUACGAAGAACAGCUCCACAUCCAAGCCGCCAACACUGCAAACCUCGACACCAACAAAGGGCACGACGCAGGUGAUAACGUGAUCAUAAUGGGUGAGGACCCUUUACCUGAUGCUGAACCAUUUCCCAAGCGCCCGACUACCACGAAGCUUACUUCCAACGCUGAGCCAACCACUACGUCGACAACCGAGACUCUGAAAGUUAAAGCCCCUUUACGACGGGGAAGGCCACGACGGAAGCAUCAAAUGAUUGACAAGAAGGAUUAUGUCCCCUCAGCUACGAUUCGAGGAUGGCAUUGGGCUUAUUCUGAUAACAUGAAAGCUGUCCUCAAAUUACGCCCAGUAACUACAACAGCCCAAGCCCGCCGUAACGCCAAAACCUUCCUUUUUGACAAUGGACUUGCUGGUGUUGCCAAAUCUCCAUUGGGGAAAACUCACCCUCUGGCUGGAAAGUUUUCCGGGAUGGCCCUUUUGGCGCAGCUUCAGGGACGAGAUCCGGAGCCGGAACCAGAGCUUCAGUCUCGAGGUCGCCGUCGUACAUCGGCUGAAGCUUUCCCAGAUGAACAAGAUGAGCAACGAAAUAUUCGUCAGAGGACCGAAAAUGAGAAUGACGGCGAUGAAUUUGGACGUGGGCAUGCCAAGGACACGGGCGCAAUUAUGUUCGGUGAAGAUCUUGCCCCUGAGAUAGGAUUGGAUGCAGCGAAGGGUCUAGAAGAUCGUCACUCGUCUUCCAUGGCUCCAUGGAGUCGCCCUCCCUCUAUCGCGCCUGGCUCAUCCCUUCGGGGACACGGUAGUGUGCAGAAGAGACAUCUUGCUCCAAGCCCUCUUCAUGGCCGCGGCAGUGUAGUUCGUUCUAUUGAGCGAUUCAGCGAUCUUCCCGACUUGCCUGACAAUUCUGAUGAUGUCGCAAUGUUGCACUCGCAAGACUCCUCGAUGGGCAACGAAGGGUUGAUGGGCGACUUUGACUUUACUGAUGGGAAAGACACACAGAACUCCGGCGUUAUCGAUUCUUCCGCUCUUGAUUUUUUGGGUUACGCCACUGCUCGUGCACAGGAAAGGGGAUAUACUCGUCCUCGUGAUCAGGCUGACCGUCGCUGGAUCGACUUUAAUACACUCACCGAGGAGCUCGACGAUCCGACCAGCACAAAGAAAUUUGUUUCAGAGGCGUUCAUGCAUGUUCUCGUUCUUGCCACAAAGAGCAUCGUCGCCGUGGAACAAGAAGGCAUCGCGGACAACCAACCCUUUGGUACUAUCCGCAUCGGACUUACAGCUCCCGGGAAAGACGUCGAUGACACGGCCGACGAGCUGGCUUAG